AUGAGUUCACAAAGUACCGUCUUCCAGCUGAGUGGAACAUGCAAUAACUACGACUGGGGCAAGAAGGGCCGCGAGUCGCUCGCCGGUCGCCUUUGCGAGAACACCCCGACCGGCUUCAAGAUCAAGGACGACGAGCCCUACUCGGAGAUGUGGUUCGGCGACUACCCAGACUUCCCCGCCCGCGUUCUCGAGUCACGCGAGCUGCUAUCCGACGUCUUGCAGAAGAACAAGGAGAAGCUGCUGGGGAAGAAGAUCCUCUCCAUCGCGAAGGCUCUCCCUCUCCAGAUCCACCCCAACAAGUCCCUAGCCACCAAGCUUCACGAGCAGGACCCCGACAAUUUCACCGACCCCAACCACAAGCCCGAGAUCGCCGUCGCCCUCGGCAAGUUCGAGGUCUUCGCCGGCUUCAAGCCCCUCGACAACAUCUCCCCCAUCUUCAACAUCCCCGCCCUGAGGGACUUCAUCCCGGACGACACCAAGACCUGGACCGACGAGACGCUGCGCGAGGUCACGCGCCGCCUCCUCCUCGCCGACGAGGCAACCGUGGAGAAGGCGUCCAAGGCCAUCGCCGACACGCCGCGCGAGGAACUCGGCAGCAACGCGUACGUGCUGCAGCUCCUGCCGAGGUUGCAGGAGCAGUACGGCAAGGGAGACCCCGGCACGCUGGUCGCUCUGCUGUGUAUGAACUUUUUGGUGCUGGAGGCGGGUGAGGCGCUGUACAUCCCCGCCGACGGCAUCCACGCCUACUUGUCGGGUGACAUCGUGGAGUGCAUGGCCCGUUCGAACAAUGUGCUGAACACCGGCUUCUGCCCACCUGGUGACCGGAACAACAUCGAUCUGUUCAGCAAGACCUUGACCUUCAAGGCUCACAGCAAGAAAGACGUGAUGCUCCCCGAAGAGAAGAGCUCGAGAAGCGUUGAGGGACGGACGGUGGUUUACCGGCCGCCGCUGAGCGAGUUCGACAUGUUGCGCACCGAAUUGGAUGAGAAGAACAGAGCUGAGACCAUCAAGGCGGGAGAAGGACCUUCUGUUGCGAUUGUCACUGGUGGCGAGGGCCUUCUGGAGGCGGAUGAGAGACAGUUCGAGGUUAAAGCCGGACACAUCUACUUCAUUGCCCCUGGAGUCGAGGCGAAAUGGGGCACCACAGAGAAGAUGCAGAUUUUCACGACCGUCGUUUAG